CGGGUGACUUCCAUUUCCUUCCGCUUGGGUAUUGGUGAUACGAAGUGCGUUUGGUUCUGAUUUAACGAUUUGUUAAGUGGAAAUUGUCACGGAAGUUGAAGGUUGGCUAAUUAUUAGAGCGCCUCAGAGUGGCAGAAGUGAUUGAAUAAAGUGCUGCAGACAGUAUUGUUGGAUUGUGGUGUUCUGUGCAUUUGAGAACUAAUUGGUGCACUCAUGCCGUCUCGUUCACCGUCACGGCAGCCCAGUGCAAGCACAUCACGUGCUUCACGCCGCUCACCUAGCUCUUUUCGAAGUCGAGGUACAGGUCGCUCAUCUCCAUCCGAAAAACGACGGCGUGUUGAGCCACAGCCGGGAAGCUCCCGUCAUGGGGUAUCUCCACCCACAUCUCGUUCCCGGGAACGCAGGGAGUUCAGACCAUCUCCUGAGCUUGGGCACAGUAGCGAAGUCCCAGAGUUUCCCAUGAGACAUCGGAGUCGCUCUCCACCAAUGCGUGGAUCCAAAGUGCGUUCAUUCUCUCCAGUGCCACCAUCAAAGAGAAAAAUGUCUCCUUCAUCCAAGAGGGAGCGUGUACCUCGAGAUGUAGACAGAGAGCGUUCUGGUCGUAUGCCCUCAAGGAAACGUACUAGGUCAAAGAGUCCUACAGCAGCUAGUGGUUCCCACACAAGUGCUACACGCAUGGUGUCUCCUGCAUAUGCUGAAGAAGUAUCUCCACCACAGUAUGCUGGUCCUUCAGACCCGUACGGUGUUGCAGCUGGUGUAGAUGUGGAACAUGUGACUAGAAAUGUUGGUGAAAGAUUUAGGGGUUCCAGUUCGGGCAAGUAUGAAGAGACUUUUGAAAGACCCGUUUUCCGUGGUCCUGAUGGCUCUGCUGGUUAUGAUAUCAAUGAAUUGAAGAAAGUUGUAAUCAAUAUAAGCAGAGAACUGCCAGUAAACAGGGCACCAGCAGAGCGUGUUGUUAUCAAUCCAGAAGAUGUGGUGUUGGUUCGGCGGCCGGGUGAGGGUUCUCGCCCAAUUUUUGCACGCGAGGAAAUUAUGCAGGCGAGCACAGAACGUGCCAUCAUUCCACCAGUCGAUGAUCACCGUCGAAUUGUGGCAAUUCGUGAUGUGGAUCCACCUCGUAUGUCAGGUUCCCAUUCUCGCUAUGAGCCACCUUCGCCACCUCCACCACCACGUUACUCAGAAGGCCGAUCACGUGAUGCAUACUAUGUACCAGAACAUCGUGAGUCUGCAACACCGUUGACAUCACAUCGUGAUUAUGGUCGUACUCAUCGUGACUAUGAUCGUCCUUCUACAUCUGGGUAUGAAAGGGACAGGAGAGAUGAUCGCUAUGAGAGACGCGGCGGUGAUGACUUACGUCAUGAGUUAGAUCUCCGCCGACGUGACGACCGCUAUCCCAGUCAUGGGGAGGUAGUGCGCACAUACGAACGUGGACGAGACUAUCGUGGAGAUUCCAGCAGUAGGGACCAUGACCGUGGGGAGCUAAGUCACUCACGUCACCAUCGCCGUGGAAGCAGAGAUCGUAGUGAUGAACGUAUGGAUCGUAUGGAACGUAUGGAUCGUAUGGAACGCAUGGAACGUAUGGAACGUCGGCCGAUGAUGCCUCAGCCUUCUCCACCUGGUAGCAGUGAGCGACGAAGAGGAACAAUGAUUGAAGAUUAUGAUCGUGGUAGACGUGGAGAGAUGCGCCGAAGCCCCAGUCCAUUGCCUCCACCACCUCAUGGAAGUCGCCAUGAGCACCAUUUACCUCCACCGGAGCGUUUUCAUGCUGAACAUCCCCCACCACCAGAACGCUUUCACCCUAUGAAGCCAUGGGAAAUUGAUCCAGAGUAUGUUCCUAAAGGUCGCUCUUACUUUGAACACGAUAAUCGUGAUGAAAUGAUGCGUCCUCCACAUCGUGGCCGUGGAAUGCCAAAUAUGCGUGGUGGGCCAAUGCGUGGCAGAGGUAUGAUGCGUGGUCGUCCAUUUUCAAGAGGCCCGAUGCGUGGAUUCAUGGGUGGACGAGCUACUGGUCGACGAGGAUCUUAUGUACCACGAGGCUUUUACAGUAUGUACUGAUGUCGGGCCCCCGCGGUCCCCCGAGCUCGCCCGGCCAUCGGGGGUCGUGGCAAGUCUGUUAAGGAGCAGACUCCAAAGUCAGAUGAUUAAAUAGCUUUUUUUUUGUAUUAUGACAUGGACAGUCCAAAUUUUAGUAUUUGACCCAGUAAUGUGCUUUGUUGGUCAGAUUUCAAUUUGAAAAAGAGGAGGACAUAACAGCUUCAUCAUUUUACAAAAGAAGAGUCAUCAAUAGUUGCUGUUCUGUGGCCAUGUCUCAGUUUGUGAGUAUUUAUGCCAGCCUGGUGGGUACAGUUAUCUGGCAUAAUGCAGUGUCCUUCUUGCCGAGGUACACAGAUUUUUCAGUUUGGCAUUUACAUCAACAGUUCCAGUUUCUUCUAUAGUGUCUUUCUCGCUGGAUUUGGAUAGAUACAAGAGGCACAAGGUAAUAAUUAAAAUGACAUUUCAGUAUGCAUGUGUGUGUGUGUGUGUGGGUGAAUGCAUGCAUUUAUAUAGAAAGUCUUGGUCUGAAUGAGGGCUGAAGUGUGGCACCUUGCUCUGCUUACAGGAUUUAAGCGGAGCUCACCACAUUGGGAGCACGAUCUGUUUGACAACGCCGAAAAUGGCAACGGCAAGAACAGCUCAAGAAAAUGACAUUAGAAAGCUUUGCCACCUGCCGCGAGUUGAACGUCGUGGGCAUAAAAUAAUGGUGUCUUUGCAUGUGAUACCUAAAUUAGUGAAUCUGUAUGGAGGCUGUGUGCCUACUUGUCAUCUGAUGCAGUUAACGUAUCCCUUAAGGAGCUUUGUAUGUUUUGUGGUAACUGUGAACAUAUGAAACAUAGAAUAGUUUGGCGAUUGUCAGACAUAUGGUGCUCCUGUAAGCAGUGUAUGACGUUUAAGUGUAUAUUUAAAAAGAAAAUGUUAUCUGAAAGUUGUUCCACCCCCUUCAUAGAUUGCUUGUGUGUGCUUUCGAGUGGCAGAAAAAGAUGGUUUUGAGGUAUGGAUGUUGCUGUGAUCAUGUUUCAUAUAUUGAUGUAUUCCUAUGCAAACAAAAUACAUGUAUUUUUCUGUGUAAAACCAAGUUAGUAGUUUAUUUGUAUAAACCUGUGCGUGCGUGUGUGUGUGUGUGUGUGUGUGUGUGUGUGUGUGUGUGUGUGUGUGUGUGUGUAAGGGGGGGGGGGGAGAGAGAGAGAGAGAGAGAGAGGGAGAGAGAGAGAGAGAGAGAGAGAGAGAUAAAUGUUCUGCUAUUAUCUUACCGUACAAUUUUUAUUCGAUGUAUAGUAGAAUUUUCCUUUAAUGUAAGAAGGAAAUAUUUCUGUUCAAAUAUUAUCUGUGCUAAAUGUGAAAUAUUUUCUGUGGAAAUCAGAAAAAGGUGUUUAUAUAAUACAUGUAUUUUACUGUUUACUGUGCUUAAUAGUUUGGUGUUGUAGUGCAGUAAUUGUAUUUGUAAUGAUCCUUUCAUUUCCAUAUGAUUAUCCAACUGCUGGAAAAUAUGUAUAUAUAAUAAUCACUUGUAUUAUGUUCCUGUUAUUCUCACAUUUCAGUGACUCUUAUAAAUUUAUUUUAAGCAGUUACUUCUGCAUUCUGGUAUUGUUUUUAGUGUUCAGUAUUCCAUUGCAGGAAUAUAAUUUCUUUUUUGUUGUUAAGAACUAAUUUUGUAUAAAUACCAUUGUCAAUUCAU